UGCGCGGGGCGGCCAGAGCCGUGCGGGAAAAACGGCAGGAGGGAACUAUGGGCCGCGGCGGGCGCCUGCCAGGCUUGGAAGCGGACUCGCAUCCAGAGCCACCGCCCAAGGAAGCCUCGCGUCCGAGGCCUCCCGGGCAAGCAGCUGCUCUGCGGCUCCGGCGCCAGACGGCGUGGGCCUGGCGCGGCGGCGCGCGCGGGGUGAAGGGAGCGCGGCGCGCUGGCGGCGGCGACGCGGCGGUUGCUGCGCCGGGUACUGGGGUCGCUGCCGGAGGCGCAGGCGCCGUGGACUCAGCGCGCCCCGGGCCUGGGCUCGCAGUGGACUCGUCAUGGCGACCGAGCAGAGGCCUUUCCACCUGGUGGUGUUCGGCGCCUCUGGCUUCACCGGCCAGUUCGUGACCGAGGAGGUGGCCCGGGAGCAGGUGGACCCGGAGCGGAGCUCCCGCCUGCCCUGGGCGGUGGCGGGCCGCUCCCGGGAGAAGCUGCAGCGGGUGCUGGAGAAGGCGGCCCUGAAGCUGGGAAGACCAACACUGUCGUCUGAAGUUGGAAUCAUCAUUUGUGAUAUCGCUAAUCCAGCCUCGCUUGAUGAAAUGGCUAAACAGGCAACAGUUGUCCUCAAUUGCGUAGGACCAUAUCGAUUUUAUGGAGAACCUGUAAUAAAAGCGUGUGUUGAAAAUGGAGCCAGUUGUAUCGACAUCAGUGGAGAACCUCAGGCGGAAGAGCAGAGCGGACGUUAUUUCCCUGUGCCCUCUGCUGUCAUCUCCUUUCCUGCUGUCUGUGCGUGUGCAGAGAGCUCUGUGUCUGUGACAGUGUUCAUCUGGGUAAUACUGUUUGGGUUUCUGGAACUAAUGCAAUUGAAGUAUCAUGAGAAAGCUGCAGACAAAGGGGUUUAUAUCAUUGGAAGCAGUGGCUUUGACUCCAUUCCGGCAGAUCUGGGAGUCAUAUAUACCAGAAAUAAAAUGAAUGGUACUUUGACUGCUGUGGAAAGUUUCCUGACUAUACAUUCAGGCCCUGAGGGGUUGAGCAUUCAUGAUGGUACCUGGAAGUCAGCAAUUUAUGGUUUUGGAGAUCAGAGUAAUUUGAGAAAACUACGAAAUGCGUCAAAUCUGAAACCCGUCCCACUCAUUGGUCCAAAAUUGAAGAGAAGGUGGCCAAUUUCUUAUUGUCGGGAACUCAAAGGUUAUUCCAUUCCUUUUAUGGGAUCUGAUGUGUCUGUUGUAAAGAGGACUCAACGUUACUUGUAUGAAAAUUUAGAGGAAUCACCAGUUCAGUAUGCUGCUUACGUAACUGUGGGAGGAAUCACCUCUGUUAUUAAGCUGAUGUUUGCAGGACUUUUCUUUUUAUUCUUUGUGAGGUUUGGAAUUGGAAGGCAACUUCUCAUAAAAUUCCCAUGGUUCUUCUCCUUUGGCUAUUUUUCAAAACAAGGCCCAACACAAAAACAGAUCGAUGCUGCCUCAUUCACAUUGACGUUCUUUGGUCAAGGAUACAGCCAAGGCAUCGGUACUGAUAAGAACAAACCAAAUAUCAAAAUCUGUACGCAGGUGAAAGGACCAGAGGCUGGCUAUGUGGCUACCCCCAUAGCUAUGGUCCAGGCAGCCAUGACUCUUCUAAAUGAUGCUUCUGAUCUGCCUAAGGCGGGCGGGGUCUUCACACCUGGAGCAGCUUUUUCCAAAACAAAGUUGAUUGACAGACUCAACAAACACGGUAUUGAGUUUAGUGUUAUUAGCAGCUCUGAAGUCUGAACACUGGAAGAAUUAACUGAAGUCAUAACAUGCGCGAAUUAACAGCUUCUCUAUUUGAUAUUUGAAACUCUUCUGUAAGCCUGAGUAUAUGUGGAAACGAUUGUCAAAUCUAAAAUAUCUAUAUAUUAAAAAGCAGGAAAUUGUCCUAGCUUACCCUAAAUUUCAAAUCUCAGCUGAUUUUGUGAUUUUAUUGCUUAUAAGAGAGAACUCAUAUUUGACGUAUUUUUCACUGAUAUGUUCCUGGUAGGUUUUCAUGAAUGAGCUGGCAGGUCUAAGGGGAGGCGAUGCCCACCCUGUGCUGCAGCAGCGUUGCUCCCGGAGGGCGCACAGCAGCGUUAGUGUCCGACAGGAACAGCAGGAAGGCAAUCUCACCUUCCAGUGAGUGUCUCCACAUGCCGUCUUGAGCCUUUGCUAAAUGAAACUGCACUCUUUGCUAUUUUUGCCUAGUUUUUCACCCAUCUACACUGAUUUUGGACUGUUACCUAAGUUGAAAAAUAAAGGGUUGUCAAUUGAAUGGUGGUUUAGCGUUUGGACCUGCCUGCCUAUUUGUAUAGUGCUAGAAACGUGCUGCUUAAGUGGCCUAACCUGUUUCUUGCCUAUAAGUGGGCUUAUCAUUUUUAUCUUUACCUAAUUCUAUGUCUGUGACUAGGUUUAAGGAUACAGCUUAUAAGUUGCUGUCAAUUUCCACUGCCUAAGCAGAAUUUUUGUCUAAUUUCCUUUUUGUAUUUUAACUAGGGUUGUACAUGGAAGCCCUAAAAUAAGGCAAAAGACUUUUCCUUUUGUAAUGAGCAUAUAAUAAACACAUAUAUACAUA